CUCCCCCCCUGGGUCGGACGCUGCGGAGCCGCGGGCGGGAGGACGGACGGACCGACCGACGGGAGGGACGGGAGGCGAGCAAGAUGGCGCAGACUCAGGGCACCAGGAGGAAAGUCUGUUACUACUACGACGGGGAUGUUGGAAAUUACUAUUAUGGACAAGGCCACCCAAUGAAGCCUCACCGAAUCCGCAUGACCCACAAUUUGCUACUUAACUAUGGUCUCUACCGAAAAAUGGAAAUCUAUCGCCCUCACAAAGCCAAUGCUGAGGAGAUGACCAAGUACCACAGUGAUGACUACAUUAAAUUCUUGCGCUCCAUCCGCCCAGAUAACAUGUCUGAGUACAGCAAACAGAUGCAGAGAUUCAACGUUGGUGAGGACUGUCCGGUAUUUGAUGGCCUGUUUGAGUUCUGUCAGUUAUCUACUGGUGGCUCUGUGGCAAGUGCUGUGAAACUUAAUAAGCAGCAGACGGACAUCGCUGUGAAUUGGGCUGGGGGCCUGCACCAUGCAAAGAAGUCCGAGGCAUCUGGCUUCUGUUACGUCAAUGAUAUCGUCUUGGCCAUCCUGGAACUGCUAAAGUAUCACCAGAGGGUGCUGUAUAUUGACAUUGAUAUUCACCACGGCGAUGGCGUGGAAGAGGCCUUCUAUACCACAGACCGGGUCAUGACUGUGUCCUUUCAUAAAUACGGAGAGUACUUCCCAGGAACUGGGGACCUACGGGAUAUUGGGGCUGGCAAAGGCAAGUAUUAUGCUGUUAACUACCCGCUCCGAGAUGGGAUUGAUGACGAAUCCUAUGAGGCCAUUUUCAAGCCGGUCAUAUCCAAGGUAAUGGAGAUGUUCCAGCCCAGUGCGGUCGUCUUACAGUGUGGCUCUGACUCCCUGUCUGGGGAUCGGUUAGGUUGCUUCAAUCUGACCAUCAAAGGGCAUGCCAAGUGUGUGGAAUUUGUGAAGAGCUUCAACCUGCCUAUGCUGAUGCUGGGAGGAGGCGGCUACACAAUUCGUAACGUUGCCCGGUGCUGGACAUACGAAACAUCUGUGGCCCUGGACACAGAGAUUCCUAAUGAGCUUCCAUACAACGACUACUUCGAAUACUUUGGACCAGAUUUCAAACUUCACAUCAGUCCUUCCAAUAUGACUAAUCAGAACACUAAUGAGUACCUGGAGAAGAUCAAACAGCGACUGUUUGAGAACCUGAGAAUGCUGCCCCACGCACCUGGAGUCCAAAUGCAGGCGAUUCCUGAGGAUGCCAUUCCAGAGGAGAGUGGCGAUGAGGACGAAGAAGACCCUGACAAGCGCAUCUCGAUCUGUUCCUCUGACAAACGAAUUGCCUGUGAGGAAGAGUUCUCGGACUCGGAUGAGGAGGGAGAAGGUGGUCGCAAGAACUCUUCUAACUUCAAAAAAGCCAAGAGAGUCAAAACAGAGGAUGAAAAAGAGAAAGACCCAGAAGAAAAGAAAGGUGGGUUUGGGUUGGAUCUUGAGCCCCAGGCCCUGGAGGAGGAUGAAUUUAUGUGGGGCAUUAGGAGGAGGGAGCUUACUCAGGCCCUGCCAGCUCCUUUGGGGCUCUUCCUCAGCUCCUUGGGCCUUUCACUGGCUCCCGGAAGUGGCAGGGCCCACAAAAGAAAGAAACUCGAUUCGUCAUCUCCACUGGCUAAUUGAGCCCUGCCAGGCUCCAGAGCCAGGGACGUGCCUGGGCUCCCCGUGGUCAGGAGCAUGGCUCUCACAUACCACCCAAGCCCUUUUCCCAGCUCUUCACCCAUUUCCCAGGGGGCUGCCUCCGCCCACCGGGUUCAGGCUCUAGCAGGCUGAGAAACCGGUUCGACUUGUUUCUUCUCAACAGGGCUCACUGGGAGGAUCUGGGAUGGGCUUUUCUCUUUGAACAGUAGUGUUGGGGAAGAGGGUUCAGGGUAGUGAAGAUCCCAUAGGUCUUUCCAGAGGGGCUGCCCUUGGCCAUCCCUGCACUCUUGUGUUCUAGAAGUCACAGAAGAGGAGAAAACCAAGGAGGAGAAGCAAGAAGCCAAAGGGGUCAAGGAGGAGGUCAAGUUGGCCUGAGCAGACCUCUCCAGUUCUGGCUUCUUGCCAAGUUCCCCCACCUUUCUCCCCCAACCCCUCAGAUUUUAUAUUUUCUAUUUCUGUGUAUUUAUAUAAAAAUAUAUUAAAUAUAAAUAUCCCCAGGGACUAGACAGGAACCAGGGCCCUGAGCCCAGGGCACACGUGCUGGGUGAGCUCUUCUAGUAGCUGCCUUGCCACCCAUCCCUCCCCAGUUCUUAAUUUUGAACCAUAGUGGGUGCCAGGUCUGGGUGGAAGGGAUACUCUUAAGCAGCCAUAAGACAAAAUCCUAAAAUGCCAAGUGCCUGCUUAGUAGCUUUGGAAAGGUGUCCUCAUCGAGUAUUCUAGAAGGGGUGGCUGGGUCUUCAGGUACCCUCUAUUCUUUUCAGGCUCCUCAAGGUAACAUCAGCCAUUUUUAGAUUGGUUCUGUUCUCAUCUUCCCACUGGUCCCAGGUGAGCCCAGAAGUUCACACUGCCUGCCCUCUGUCUUCCCCCAAUUCUGCAGGUGGAGAUUGGUAGUCUAGUUUACUUCUUGAGAUACUAUUUUCAUUUUUGUGAGAAUCUUUGUAAUAAAAUGGUACAUUUCUGUACCCUUCUGAGCCUGU